AUGGAUUUCCAAAACAGAGCAGGCAGCAAACCUGGCUCUGGCGGUGUCGCAGGUGCAUCAGAAUCAAAUGUUGACAGACGAGAACGACUCCGUAAACUCGCCCUAGAAACUAUCGACCUAGCCAAAGACCCUUAUUUUAUGCGAAACCAUCUCGGUUCCUACGAAUGCAAACUAUGCUUGACUCUACACACAAACGAGGGCUCCUAUCUCGCUCACACUCAGGGUAAAAAACAUCAACAGAAUCUAGCUAGACGCGCUGCCAAAGAUGCCUCUGAUAAUGGCCCAUCUGUACAGCUACUCACUGGUGCUAACGCCACCCAGUCAAUGAAUAUAAAACCACGUAAAAUAGCUGUAAAAAUAGGUCGUCCCGGAUACAAGGUCACUAAAAUACGAGACCCAGUCACAAAGCAACUCGGAUUACUCUUCCAAGUGCAAUAUCCAGAAAUCACUGAAGACGUACAACCACGACAUCGAUUCAUGUCGUCGUAUGAACAACAUAUCGAGCCGCCAAAUAAAGCAUACCAGUACUUGCUGUUUGCUGCUGAACCAUACGAGACUAUAUCUUUCAAGGUGCAGAGUCGGGAAAUCGAUCGGGCUGAUUCGAGAUUUUGGACUUUUUGGGAUAGGGAUUCGGGAACCUUCAGCUUGCAGUUCUUCUUCAAGAGGGAGAGGGAACAGUAUGCUGCUCCUGGUACCCGAUAG